AUGUCGUUGCGUACUGAUUACGCCUUAGAUAAAGGCGGUAAGCGUCGUGGUAAAAGGCGCGAGUUAACUGAAGAGCAAAAACAAGAAAUUAAAGAAGCUUUCGAAUUAUUUGAUACCGACAAAGAUCGAGCCAUCGACUAUCAUGAAUUAAAGGUAGCAAUGAGAGCUUUGGGCUUUGACGUUAAGAAAGCAGAUGUUUUAAAAGUUUUACGUGACUAUGAUCGUGAAGGCACAAAUAAGAUUACUUUUGAGGACUUUUUCGAAGUCAUGACAGACUGGAUGCUUGAUAGAGAUCCACAUGAGGAAGUUUUUAAGGCUUUCAAAUUAUUCGAUGAUGAUGGUACGGGCAAGAUUAGCUUAAGAAAUUUAAGACGUGUUGCUAGGGAAUUAGGAGAGAAUAUGGCUGAUGAAGAGCUGCGAGCAAUGAUAGAUGAAUUUGACAAGGACGGAGAUGGAGAAAUUAACGAAGAGGAAUUCUCGGCGAUCAUGACUGGUGAUACGUAA